UUUUUUUUUUUAAUGACUGCAGUGUUAGCCUGAUAAAGCCCAGUGUGUGUCUCGAGCUUUUAUUUUGAAGUAUCAUUGGAGAGCCGUGGUGAAUCAUUUCCGGUAACUUGACGUGGCGUCGCGAGCCUCCCUCCUCGCGCGGAGAAAGCCGCGGCUGUAGCUCGCUAGUGUUGGGCGUAUGUCGUGUUUGUGCGGUCGGUGAACUUUCUCACAAGAAAACUAAUAAAUACCCGCCGUUUGUCUUGUCGGUAGCAACCGGAAGCCAUGAACGGUAAGUCCACGAACGGUACGGCGGGGGGCAUGGCCUGCAUCGAGGGGCUACCGCCGCUGCCGAAGAGCCUGAGCGGGCUGUUGAACUCGAGUGGCGGCUCGUGGAGGGACAUGGAGAGGAUGUACGUGAAGAAGACCAUGAUCCAGGACGACCUGAGCCGCGGCAGGAACAACUCGGAUAACCUGCUGGCCAACAAGCCGGCCAACCUGGACGCUGCGCUGGCUCUCCUGCGGAAAGAAAUGGUGGGAUUGCGUCAGCAGGACAUGUCCCUGCUGUGUCAGCUGUGGUCGCUCCACGAGUCCAUCCAGGAGUACAAGGGCAGCUGCCAGGACCUGAGCGCCGCCUCCAGCCUCAGCAUGAUGGAGAACGGCUUCUUCGACGAGGACGACGAGUAUUACGGCGAGCCGGGCACCACCCCCACCGGGGAGCAGCCCGACGGCGAGCCGGGGGAGGCAGGCGCCAAGAACGGGGGCGUGCGCAACCGGGACGACAGCUGGCCCUCCUUUCACGUCAACAUCUGAGGUCCGGUUCAGUGGAUGUCCCGGAUUCGCACUCGGAGGGUGGAGUUGCAGAAGUUUCCCUUGUGGUUCUGACAAACUCUUGGCGCUCUGCAUUUAGCAGGACUCUUCUGAUCGAGAACCUGAUACUCUACUACAUCGGAGCCUUUCUUUUUUAUAUCCUCAGAAGUAUAUGAACAAAGUUUAUUAUUUAAGAUAUAUAUCUAAUAUAAAGAUGAACUGAGAACAUCAACUGCAAAUCCUUGAGUUCUGGACUUGACAGCGGAAGGAUGGGAUUUAACUUCAUGAAUGCAGGAAGAAAUCUUUAAAAAAAACAAAUCCUCGUAAAUGUGGUCAGUUGAAUGUUGCAGACACAGAUUUGUCUCGUUUUUUCGUGAAGCGGCUUUGAAAUGAUCCGGAAUAACGGAGAAGAGAGGCCGAAAAGCAGCACAGCAGCUGCAGUGUUGGUUCUGCUUAAAGGAUCGAUGUUUACAGCAUUUCUCCUAAAACAAACAAACUUAAAGCAAAUGUUGGUCAGCA